ACGGGUGGGGACACAAUAAUAAAGCGUCACAUUGAGCAUCAAAACAAAAAAGGAAAAAAGAAAAUGGCGGAGCUGUCACUGUAUCUUACAAACGCUAACGUGUCUCUGGGACAAACUAUGGAACCUGAGAAAAGCUCCAGUGUGGUGAAGGACUUUGAGAGCGUGGAGCUCGGCGACACAGCGAAGAAGCAGAAGGUCCCACGCAGAACCAUUUACUUUGCCAGCGGUGAGACGAUGGAGGAGUUCAGCACAGACGAGGAGGAUGAGGAAGAUGAAGAGAAGCGGCGCAAACAGACCGUCAUGAGCACCAUCGAUCCGUCGAAAUUGUCGUGGGGUCCGUAUUUCUGGUUCCACAUGUGGAGAGUGGCCACGAACACCAUCUCAGUGUGUGAUUAUCUGGGAGAGAAAAUGGCGUCACUGUUGGGCAUCACCACGCCCAAGUAUCAGUACGCAAUCGAUGAGUACUACAGGAUAAAGAAAGAGGAGGAAGAGGCUGAUGAGGAAGAUCGUCUUUCUGAAGAAGCCCAGCGGCGUUUCGACAAUCAGCACCGUGACAAAGAACAGAAUCCAACCAUGGAGCAGCCUGAAGGAGCGAGUUCCUUCGUCAACAUGAGCUUCGAAGUGGAGCAGGAGUCAUCAUCAUGAUCGAGUGCCUUUUCUCUACAUUACUCUCUCUCUCUCUCUCUCUCUCUCUCUCUCUCUCUCUCUCGCUGUAGGACUGAGUGACAUCACUGACUCAUUUCUUUAAAUAAUACUAUAUGUAACCAAGGAAACUCCUUAAAUAUUCAUUUCUACAACUCUGUGUAAAUGUAUGUGUGUGUAUGGACACGUAUACGAUAAGUGCAUUAAUACCUGAAAAACCCAAGUGUUGUGAUUUUACACUUAUGUUUAGAGGCGUGAGACACGAUACACAAUCUUCAGCGCAUAAUUAUAUUAUACAAAACAAAACCGAUCCGUUCACUGCCGACCCGAUCCGGUUCAGUUCAGCCAACUUGAACUUUUCCGACAUCUUCAGGACGGAGGAGUUUACGCUUCUUUGCGGUUUCUCGGUAACGUGCGUAACAAGCCGCGCGUUUAUUCUUUUCCGUCUUGUUAACUUGAACAGAGAGAAUAAAGAGAGGGCUGGUGAGGGAAGGAGUGUUUAGAGCUGCUGUAACGUAAGUGAGAACAGGAACUGACUGCUUUAACGGACGUUCCACGACAUUCAAUGUAACUAUAAAAAAUAAAGAAAAAUUCUAUUUAAUUAUUUUUUUAUUUAUAAACAACAUUUCUUUCAUGCAGGAUACAUUCCUGAGUUGGUAAACAAAUUUUUUUCAUUCUAAUUAUUGUCCCAUACGAGAGAAUAAUCUGUCUGAUCUCACACAUGAACUUGAUUUGAUUUGGACACUGUUUAUAAAGACUGAAAAGUGGAGUUUAAUGUGAGUUUGAUGUCGCUAUCGUGUGAUAAAGUGAAAUACUGUGAUGUAAUAAUGACCAGGUUAGACAAUUAUCAUACAUGGUUCUGCUCUUAAGGUUUAUUUGCAAAAAAAAAAAAAAAACCCCAGAUAAAACAAUUCAGCCUUAAUAGAAACUUCUAGAAGAACUCCUCAAGACCGGGAGCAAAAUAACCAUUUGUGUGAACCAUUUCUAAAUCAUCACUACACCAGGGAAUUAUUUAUAUUUUUUUCUCAUUAAUAAUUGACGAAUUCAUUUCACUCGUGUGUGUGUGUGUGGGGGGGGGGGGGUGUUUUCAGGAUGUAAAACUGAGAUGCUUUAAAAAAAACUGUAUAAUUUAUUUAUGUACAGUUCCUUUAAAUGCUCUUUAACUUUUUAAUAUAAUUUAGCUUGUUUAAAAAAAAAUGUACAUAAUGAUGUGACUUUCUUUAAUAAACUCUUGAACCGUCA